AUGGAAAAUAAGAAGUUGGGGGAACUAUAUUUGAGAUACUCGAAUACUAUCCUCGUGUCUUUAGCUAAGAAUAUUCUUGCAAAUGUUCUUAGUACAGCGUCUGUUAAAAAUCUUUGGGAGAAACUUGAAGGGCUAUAUCAAAAAAAAGUUAUUUUAAACCAACUGUUGUUGAAGGGGCACUUUCAUAGCUUGUGUAUGGAUGAACAUAGGAAAAUAUUUAGUCAUCUAUGUGUUACCAAUGGUACUGUUUAUGUUCUGGGUUGGCCAAAAGAGCUAACUAUCCAAGCCAAAAGGAAGUAG